AGAAAUAAAUAACAUUAAAGCUAUUGUCAGGGUUCUGUCACUUCGGUCUAGUGUUAUUCAUGGUUUUGUGACAGAGCCCUGACACUCCCGUCUUGUCCUGUUUUAUGUGGGUGCGCGCGCUCUCUUGUCUGCGUGCCUUGUUUCGUGUUGGAGCGUGGUGUUCGGAUCCCGGCACUCAUGUCUUGAGUUUUGGUUUUGUGUCGGGGUUCGGACACUCACGCUCCAUGUUCUCACGUUGUGUGAGCGUGCGGUCUCGAGUUCGCUCGGCCGCGCGCUCUUUUGUCCGCGUAUGUUGUGUUUUGUGUUGCACGCAGUUCGUGUUUUUAUCGGCUGCGUGCAUUCAUGUUAUGUCUUGUGCUUUAUGGCACGCAGCUUGUGUUUUUCAUUGGCUGCGUGCUUUCAUGUUGUCAUGUCUUGUGUGAACGCGCGGCUUAUGAGUAUUCUCAUUAGCUGCUUGUUCGUGUCCUGUUUAGCACAUGGCUGGUGAUUUGUGUUGCUGGCCAUGUGCUUGUGUUUUUGUUUUGUGUGAGCACAUGGCUUUUGUCUUAGUUUGUGUGCCAUGUGCUCUCAUGUCAAUUGUCUUGACCCCACCCAUCUUGUUUCCUGAUUAUUGGUUAUUUGCCCCACCUGUUUUCCUCGUUACCCUGCUAAUUUGCUCCCUUUAUAAUCUCCUUGUGUUUGAUGUUCUGUGCCAGUUUGUCAUCUAUAUUCCUGUGGAUGUGUCCUUGUGUUUGCCUUGUCUUGCCUCGUUUUUCCCCUAUGGGGUAGUUUGGUUUAGUUUGUUUAUUUUUAUUAUUAUUAUUAUUAUUCAAUAAAAGCCCAUUCUCCUGCACCACUGAGUCCUCGCCUCAUCCCUUCACCCCAACCCUGACAGGACGAACUGGCCAACAGAGGACUCAGCAGAGAUGGCAGGGGGCUGACAUGAGGGACUUUGCCUGCGACUUUCUUAUUGAAGUGGACAACCUGGACUACAAUGAGGCUGAUGUUAAGGAGGAGGAAGAGGAAGGCUCCCUCCGUCCCACAGGGCCUGGAGGCCAUCCAGGAGCCCGCUGCCAGCCCAGGGGCUGUCCCAGAGCCGCCCAAGCUCCUUGCCCUGCCGGCUCCUCCCAAGCUCAAGCUCCUUGCCCUGCCGGCUCCUCCCAAGCUCAAGCUCCUUGCCCUGCCGGCUCCUCCCAAGCUCAAGCUCCUUGCCCUGCCGGCUCCUCCCAAGCUCAAGCUCCUUGCCCUGCCGGCUCCGCCCAAGCUCAAGCUCCUUGCCCUGCCGGCUCCGCCCAAGCUCAAGCUCCUUGCCCUGCCGGCUCCGCCCAAGCUCAAGCUCCUUGCCCUGCCGGCUCCGCCCAAGCUCAAGCUCCUUGCUCUGCCGGCUCUGCCCAAACCCCCGGCUCCUCCCUGGCCCCCUGCCGAGACUCAUGACGUGCUUGAGCCUCCCUGGUUCGUCCCUCCGGCCCCACCCUGGCCAUCCUCCAGGGCUCCUGUUUGGCUGGAGCCCCCCUGGUUUGUCCCUUCGGCUCCGCCCUGGCCCCUGGCCGGGACUCCUGAACUGCCUGAGCCUCCCUGGCUCAACCCUCCCUGGCCCCAUUUAUUAUUUUCUGGGCUGUCCUGUUGGCUGGCUUGGCUCCCCUCCCUCCCUCCCCUCGUUUUGUGUUUUGAUUUCUUGUCAUGUUUAUGUUCUUGUGCUGUCAUGUUUUUGGUGUUCCUCUUUAGGGACGCCAGGUGGCGUCCCUUUUGAGGGGGGGUAGUGUCAGGGUUCUGUCACUUCGGUCUAGUGUUAUUCAUGGUUUUGUGACAGAGCCCUGACACUCCCGUCUUGUCCUGUUUUAUGUGGGUGCGCGGCUCGGUGCGCUCCCUUGUCUGCGUGCCUUGUUUCGUGUUGGAGCGUGGUGUUCGGAUCCCGGCACUCAUGUCAUGAGUUUCGGUUUUGUGUCGGGGUUCGGACACUCACGCUCCAUGUUCUGUCUCGUUGUGAGUGUGCGGUCUCGAGUUCGCUUGGCCACGCGCUCUUUUGUCCGCGUAUGUUGUGUUUUGUUACACGCAGUUCGUGUUUUUAUCGGCUGCGUGCAUUCAUGUUAUGUCUUGUGCUUUGUGGCACACAGCUUGUUUUUCAUUGGCUGCAUGCUUUCAUGUUGUCAUGUCUUGUGUGAACGCGCGGCUUAUGAGUAUUCUCAUUAGCUGCGUGUUCGCGUCCUGUUUAGCACAUGGCUGGUGAUUUGUGUUGCUGGCCAUGUGCUUGUGUUUUUGUUUUGUGAGCACAUGGCUUUUGUCUUAGUUUGUGUGCCAUGUGCUCUCAUGUCAAUUGUCUUGAACCCACCCAUCUUGUUUCCUGAUUAUUGUUAUUUACCCCACCUGUUUUCCUCAUUACCCUCCUAAUUUGCUCCCUUUAUAAUCUCCUUGUGUUUGAUGUUCUGUGCCAGUUCGUCAUCUAUAUUCCUGUAGAUGUGUCCUUGUGCUUGCCUUGCCUUGUUUUUCCCCUACGGGGUAGUUUGUUUUGUUUGGGCUUUUAUUGAAUAAUAAAAAUAUUCUCCUGCACGAGUCCUCGCCUCAUCCCUUCACCCCAACCCUGACAGCUAUGGUCAGGACAGAAUGAUCACCAAACUCACUUGUAAUCAAAUGUGUAGUUUGUGACGUUUUCAAUGGAAUUACAUAAUGAUCAGGUCAACUAGAACCAAUAGAUAAACAUUAUUAUUGUUAACUAAAACCUGAAUAAUAAUCUUUGUGACAUCAUUUAUCAAGAGCCUGUCCUCCAACAAAAAACGACCCUAUAGGUCGUUUGUGCAAGCCCUUAUUACGACCUAUAUUUACGUUUUAAAGUUAAGCGCCCUCUAGCGCGUGUAAAAAUAAUGACAGUCUCGUGUUGCGUCUGUCGUCAUGAAAUGAUGUAUGACUGUCAUUACCAAUCAAAAUGCGUGUUUAUUUAAAUGCAAUAUGUGGACUUUUUACACCGAUCUCACAGUAUUCGUACAUAUUUUACUAGAUGGCUAAUUCGUACGAAUGACCACACCUAAACCUAUCCCUUACAGGAAUCAUGCAAAAUGAUUUUUAGUGCACAUUUUAUGAGCGCGUGCGUUCUCUGGGAUUGAACCCAUGAUCACGUAAUUACAUAUCGUCAUAUAACGCAAUGCUCUACCAACCGAGCUACACGAAACCUGAACUAUGACGCAGAUAAAAUUGUACAAAACAUUAAUAUGAAAAUGUCCUGUUGCCGAUAGGGGCGCAAUUGUAGCAUACGCUCUGAUGGGUCGUAUUUCAGGGAUUUGGACAAACGACCUAUACGGGCGUAUUGGUUGGAGGACAGGUUGUUUAUCAAAUAUACUAAUCUUUGAAAUAUAACUUAAAAAUAAAUUUUCUGGGUCUGGAAAACAGGUCAAAGUUUGUGACAACAGGGCAUUGCGUCAGUAGU